AUGGAUGAUGUUUCUGUUCGUCCAUCGAAAUUAAUUCAAACGGAGCUGAAGUCGAGGGACGUAGAUACUCUGACCACCAGUCAUCUUCAGCAACUACGAAAAAAUCUUUCGAGAAGCAGACUAGCAAUUUUCCCGAAAAUUCCAAAGACAUUUGGAGAAACCCAUGAUGUUGUUGAUAAACUAGCAAUCAUCAGCAAUAAGGGUGAAAAUUUACUCUCCGCGAAUGACCGGAAAGCCAACAUUAUACUCUUUACCACUUCCAUUAAUUUAUCGGCACUGUCAGAAAUGGACCAAAUAUUCAUCGACGGAACUUUCUACAGUUGUUCUAAACCGUUCAAACAAGUAUUUAUCAUUCACGAUCUGCAUAAAAAUAUUUUUAUGCCUUUGGCUUUUUUUCUCUUGCCCGACAAAUCCAGCUCGACUUAUGAACGAGCUUUUCAAAUCAUUCUUGAACGUAUUGGUGCUUUUAAUUUAUCUUUCAAUCCAUCUUUGAUCCUCGCAGACUUCGAAAAAUCCAUUCAUAAGGCUCUUAAUCGAGUUUUUCCUCGUUCAAAAAUCAUUGGGUGCCGGUUUCAUCUAGGCCAAAGUUGUUGGCGUAAAAUUCAAGAUCUCGGAUUAGCUGCUGAGUACCGAACAAAUAAUGAUUUGUCAAAUUUCCUGAAAAUAUUUAUUGGACUUCCUCUUUUACCAGUUCAGGAAGUCAGUGACUGUUUCACUGAUGAUAUUAUGAGUAUACUUCCAGAUGAUAAAAGAGUCGUAGGUUUCUGCGAUUACGUUCUCGAAAACUAUAUUGAACCAAAUUCGCCAUUUCCUCCCGAAAUUUGGGCUCAACAUUCCGAAACAACUCGUCGCACAACAAACAAUUGUGAGUCAUUUCAUUCUAAAUUAAAUGCAAUGUUUAACUCCGCGAACCCUAAUUUGUUUCAAUUUUUAGAAGCACUCAAAUCGAUUCAGACCGAUAUUUUCAUAUUAAACUUCGAAGUUCAGUGA